AUGUUUGACGGCAAAGCCAAGCGCCAGAAAAACAUUUCCCUGGGCGGCGCGCGCCGGACGAAAGAGCGUGGUGCUAUUAUGCACCAAGCUGCUGCUGCUCGCCAACAACGCCAUGCCCGCCGUCGCCGCGAACGGUGCCUCCUGUCCCUUCAAGCAGGCUCGCUGGCUUGCGUCGUUGAUCUGGCCGGCUUGCCCUCAACGCUGCUGCCGCCCACGGAACCAAGUGAUUACGUCAAAGUGGCGGCGUUCUUGUGUCAAAAGGCUGCUCCGCUUCACGAGGCUGCCACAAGCGGCCUCGGCCCGGGCGCUACCUGCCCAGCUAUCGAAGCCAUAGUCUUUCGUCAACGCCUCUUUCAGGCCACGCUUAUUCUCCUCAAUCACUCGUCGGACCUCCACCUUCGUCUCUACCUAGACUUUUUCGAUGCCGAGAGUCAAACAGCCAGAGUGCCAGAUCUUCUGACCGACGCCAUGAUCAAGACGUUGGUUAGCCAGUUUGCACAGGCACCACCGGCCACGGGCCCGUGGCAACUCUUGAAUGACGCCAAUAAACUGGCUGCAUUUGGUUUGCUGCUCCUCAAGUCUGUCCGCUGUCAAGACGGUGGACUCGCCAAUGCUGCACAAAUUUUGCCCUUGCUGGCGACGACCAUUGGCGCCCUGAUGCGCAUGCUGGGUCUCCGCGAUGUCCUUGAGCCCAAGUCUCAAAGACCAGCCCGCUCAGAAGGCGCGGCGGACAGCAGCAGUGACGACGAUAGUGAUUCCGAGGCAGAGAGCGACGCAGAGGACGAAGCCAAGCGCACACGCACUGUCCCCAGUGCCGUGGCGCUUGUCAAUGCAUUGCUCACUGCGGAUGAGGUGACGCGUCUGGAUGCGAUUGCUGCCAACUGUGAUCAGUAUGAUGCGUUUGCCGCCGUGAUUCACGGUGCACUACGGCUCUGUCCCACCGAGGCCAUUCUGGUGCGCUCGCUUCAUCAGCUCGCCAGUAAGCCCCAAUUCUUGGCCAGUCUAGCCCAGCGCGUGCUGAACCUGCUGGCCCCCUCCCCAGGCAGCUCCGAUGACGCACUGCUCCCGGUCCUUGACAUCUUUUUCCGUGCCGCUGGCUACGAUCUGGCCAUUGUGCCCAAUGAUAAACUUGGUACCUACCUGGAAAGCGUAUACACGCGAACCACCUUUGUGCAACUCAUCAAGAAUGUGCUGAGCUACACGGUCUCGGCACUCCUGAGUGGUCAAACAAGUCGAGUUCUGACAAACGUCGUUGCCCCGCUGCUCAAGCAACUACAGCAGCGGACACAUGGUAUUUCGUGGAUGGGUGACGAGCUUUGGCUUGUGCCGCGCGUCAGCGGGCCGCUGCAGGCUCUCAACCCACGCGCUCUGCUCGACUUUCUCUCCUCCCAUGGCCGAAACGUGCCCGCGGGGGUGGAUGCUACAGCAGGCAACGUCUUGUUGCACACGCCUUUUGUGGUACCCUUCCUGGAUCGAGCUCACCUGUUUCAGGUCAUGGUGGGCUUGGACACGGUACCGGUGUUUGAACGUCACCCGGUCCGCAUCAGCCGCGAAACCCCUUACGCGGAUGCAUUUUCGGCACUGAGUGCCAUGUCGGGCAAGGAGCAGAUCCAGGUGACCAUUACCAAAGACGGCUUACCCGAAGCUGGCGUGGAUG